UCAGUGUUUCUAACAAUGUCGAAAGUGAAGAGUGGCAACUGUUAAACUCUUAUCCAUUACCGAUUCCCACCACCAUCUUCACCUUCAUCCCUGAGCUUCAUCGAGCAAAUAAGAAAGAAAGAAAGAAAAUAAUAGAUGUUCCUCUCAUGUCAAAAAUACAACCUCUCCGUUCCCCUCUGCACCCCAACAUGCACCAUUUUCAAGUGUCAAAACCCACACGCCCCCAACGAGCACCACUCCAUUCUCCGCAAACACAAUUCAAAAUCCACAGCGUAUCUCCUUCACCACCUCUCCCACAAGGGUGGCUUCGAUCACCAACCCGUUCCCAUUCCCAAACCCAACCCCGCUGAGCUUCAAGACCCAAUGCCCCACGAAGAAAAAGUCAAGGUUUUGGAGCUUUCCCUCGUGCGCAGAAGAACCCCUCAGUUCCCUGGCUCCAUCUACGCUCAAUCCCCUAGCGACCCUGAUGUGGGUUCUUCUCUGCCCCCUCUCCGCACACUCUUUCAGUCCAAUGCUGACACUGACGAUGGAGACGAGGAGGAGGAGCAAGAGAUGAUAAUGCGCGCUCUCGAGAUUCGUAGAAAGGUCACCGAAGAGGUUUUCAAAGAAGCCUUGCGAAGGGGAAAGUUUGGAAUCACUUACGCUAACAAUUUGGUUAGUAAGUUAUCCGGGUUCAUUGAUUACAUCAUGAUUGAAGCUGCUCACUUGAAAAAAUUGCCCCAAUAUGCAAACUCCACCUUCAAUUUACGCGCCAAAUUUAUAAUUGAGGACUCCAGAGUGGUGCCACUUAUUAGAUGGUUGAAGCAUAAUGAACUAUCGUAUCCUCGGAUAGCAAAGCUCAUUUUGAUGUCAAGAGGAAAAACUGAUAGCAUAAGGAGUCUUGCGGAGUGGUUGAAAUCCGUGCGAGUGAAAGGAGAGUUUCUUGGUGUUGUAAUGUUGAAUGCUGGACAGAAUAUUUUGCAGCGCAACCAUGAGGAACUGGAUGAGAUUGUUCUGUAUUUGGAGUCCAAUGGAGUCAGGAAUGAUUGGAUGGGUUAUGUUAUUAGUCGUUGUCCUCAAUUGUUGUCUUACAGCUUGGAAGAAGUGAAGACUCGUGUGCAGUUCUACCUAGAUAUGGGUUUAAAUGAGAAGGAUUUUGGCACAAUGGUUUUUGAUUUUCCUAGAGUACUUGGUUACUAUAGUCUGGAACAAAUGAAUGAAAAGGUUAAUUACUUAAAAGAUUUUGGGCUUCAAAGUAAGGAUGUUGGCAGAUUGCUUGCAUUUAGGCCACAAUUGAUGGCGUGCAGCAUUGAUGAACAAUGGAAGCCUCUUGUUAAGUAUCUGUAUUAUUAUGGGAUCACUCGAGAUGGUAUGAGGAGAAUGCUUACCAUUAAACCAAUGGUCUUUUGUGCAGACUUGCAGAUGACUAUCGUGCCUAAGGUACGGUUUUUUGAGGACAUAGGGGUUCAGAAGGACGCGAUUGGCAACAUGCUUGUGAAGUUUCCUCCUCUACUUACAUACAGCCUGGACAAGAAGAUUAAACCAGUGGUCAUAUUCUUGAUGACCAAAGCUGGAGUCAAUGAGAAAGAUAUUGGCAAGGUUAUAGCUCUUGGACCUGAGCUCUUGGGAUGUCAUAUAGUACAUAAGCUUGAUUUACAUGUAAAAUAUUUUCUGUCUCUUGGCAUACGACUUCGGCAAUUGGGUGAGAUGAUUGCUGAUUUCCCAAUGCUGCUCAGAUACAGUACAAAUGUUCUUCGUCCCAAGUAUAUUUAUUUGCGGAGAACCAUGGUCCGGCCUUUGCAAGAUCUCAUUGAGUUUCCAAGGUUUUUCAGCUAUUCUCUUGAGGGUCGAAUUAUCCCAAGACACAAGGUUCUAGUGGAGAAUCAGAUUAAUGUGAAGCUGAGAUACAUGUUGGCUUGCACUGACGAAGAAUUCAAGAAAAUGGUCAAGGCUAUAAUUAGAAAGCGCCACAGAUUUGAAUCUGGUGUCACAAAUGAGGAUAUUACUCAUCCCCAAUCUGAUACUCAGGGAUUUGAAUCUGCUGUCACAAAUGAGGAUUUUAGUGCGGAUGUUACUACAUUCCAGGCAUAAAUUUUUUUGAUGGCAGUGGUAAAUAUAACGGUUCUUGAGUUUUUAGGAAUUAAUGCAGUAUAGUAAUUUUACCUUGUUAUACUCUCUUAACUUCAUUGGUUAAUAGAAGUGAUUGUCAUAUAAUCUUAGUUGUUCUUCACAAAAUUGGAGGUGCUAAAUGACUUGAUAACAGCUGGUGUAUGUAAAAAAUAGAAGCUCUUAAUUUGUCAGUGCUGCCUCACUUGUAAAGAUAGAAUUGCUGCACUGAAACUACCACUGUGGUGUCCGGACUAAGUCGGGAGUUGUGGAGACCUGACCAGUGUACUCUAAGAUGGUUUGAGGUAUAUGCUUACACACUGUACAUGUUGGGCUUAUAGUGAUUAUUUUUGUUACAUGUCUGCUUUAGUUCUUUAUUUGAUCCUAUUUUUUCACCUUAUUUUUGGUUCCACAACAGGAGCAAGGGAAGAAUUGAUUGUUGUGCAACUGAAUAAUCUGUAUGAACUUGUAAUGACACGGUAAUCUGAUAUGAUGCUUAUUAUGUUCCUGAAUGCUAGUGUUGGGUCCUGUUUACCAGCAGGAUACCAAAUUUCAUCCUUCUUCAGAAGGUCAACACUCAAAUUGAUAUAUGAAACCUAUUUUAAUCUA